AAGUCAAUCACAGCCACGGUGUAUUUUACGGCGUGUUUGUCAACCCGUCCCCCGUGUGUGCGUGGUAUUCAAGUGAUGUCUCCGCCACCGCGGUUUGCGAAAUGACAGAGAUGCUUCGUAAACUCGACACAUCUCAUGCUCUUCGCGAAGUGAAACCUCUGUGUAUGCGAUUCUUGAAAGACCAGUCCAAAGAAAACGCUGUGAUUCUGCGUCGCACUCUUGAGCAGUUGACUGACGAUGCUUGUCAAGAGCUUCAUGAAUACCUCCUCCUGCCUCUCGUGUUGGUGCUGAAGAAAGAAAAGAGAGAAGCGUUACUUGCUGAAACAGUUGCAUCCAUCCGUGUUGUGCUCGAGAAAACCAAAGUGAACGAUGAAUUACUGUUUUCGGAUAUUUUCCUCCAAUUGUUGUUUGUUGUCAGCAUCGUUAAAGAGAACCUCCAAGUUUCAUCUACGAGUGAAGAAGUGAAGCUUGAAGUCUGCAAUGCGUUAAAAAGCCUUAUCAACAGUGCACUACCACGGGUGCUGCUGCACAUGCUCAGUUUGGACUUCCGCUUGUGCCUGAGCCAUGCAGUCACCAUUCUUCUUUUGCUUGCGGAAAAGGAAAGAAACAGAAAAUUGCAGAUUGCUGCCAUGGAAUGCUUGGGUACUCUUGCCUGCAACACUGUAAAUGACAUCUUCAAGAGUGCUACGCUGUUUGAGAAAGCUGGAAACGCAUUUGCAGGCUUCUUCCCAGGAAUAUCUAUUGCACUUACGCGUGUCAUUCUUGAUGCCGAGAACAGGAGUCAGAAAGUAUCGGCCGCUGCUUUUCAAAUUUGGGGCCAUGUUAUCCACAUUUGUCUCGGUGACACGUACCUGGAGUCUCUAGGCCCAAAUGAUGAAGAAGAAAAACAGAAAACAAAAAUGCCUGUUGUAUGCAGAAAUGAAGAGUGGGCCAAGUCAACUGCUGAGAAAUUACUCAUUCUUGUAGACAAGGUGUUGCCUAGCCUUGCAAAGUGUGAGGACCAUGUGAAACUGGCAGCUUUGGAGUGGGCGCACACACUGCUCUUGCGGUGCAGCAGAUCACUGGAAGUAUUAGCACCCGCAGUCCUCCAGAUGGUACUGGCAUUGAGUGCUGAUGACAGUGAAAGGGUGUCCAUUCAGAGUCGCUCAGUUCUUGAUGAGGUUGCAAAUCAGAUGCUAGCUCUCGACUCAUUAUCCUUGACUGAGAUUCUUGAAGAAGACUUCCACAGAACAUUGGGAAAAUUUCCACGGAUAUUUCGUACAGGAAGUGAAGACGAAAAACUGAAUUUGGUCAAGUUGCUUUGUGGCUACCUGAGAAUAUUUCGAACGAAAAUAGCCAAGAUACUUAUGUCACCAACUGUCUGCCAGAGGUUGCUUGGUGUUCUUUUCCUAGUGACCGAGUUUGACACUGGGAAAUUGAACCUUCUGGCUGAACAGGCAACCUCCCUAGAUUUUCAGAAUGCUAUUGAUCCAGCAAUUAAUUGUUGUCGUAAUCAGUUCAUGCAUUUCACAAAUAUGAACAUAUAUAGAGAAUUCACCGUUGUUUGCAAGCUGCUAGGAACCUAUGGUGAUGUAAUGAUGUUGAUGGACGCUCUACGCAACAAAAUAGAAGAGUCAGCCAGGCACAGGAAGCAAGCUAUCUUGGUACUCACCAAUGUAUUGCGAUCACUUACAGAAGACACUGAAGGUGGCCAUGCCUCUGCUAAGCUUGAAGAUUCCGGCUUCAUUGGAUCACUGCUGGAGUACUUUGUUUCUAGGAGCCUCUGGGAUUUGCCUCUGACUGGAGCGGGUGGAGCUGAAAGCACAGCAGAUACCAUACAGCAGCGUUCACUUUGCAUCAUUCCACUGGACAAGAUGAACUCAAAUAUUUUACAGAGCUGCUUGUUGCUAGAUGCCGUAGCAGUGCUUUCUCAGCUUUCCAGCAAUUUCCAGCCCCUGCUGAGGAUUUGUCUCUGCCCAAUGUUGGAGAAAGCCGACAGCCAGAACUAUCUGGUAUCUCACGUCGCAUGCAAAACUUUGUGGCAAGUUGCAAAAGCUUGUGGUUACAGUUCUAUUUCAGAACUUAUCCAUCACAACACGGACUACAUUGCCAACACAGUGUUGUUCAAGCUUAGGCAUCCAAGUUCUCAUGGUGACGUUACACAAAUUGUGCAGGCUCUGGCUAAGCAUAGUGACAAAGGUAGCGCUGGCCUCUUGGAGGACGUUGGUCACGAGGUGCUGAAUGCGCUUGACUUCUGUCAAAAGGAUAGUGCGCUGCCUUUCCUGAAGGUCCUAGCAAGCAUUGUGGUCUACCUGAACACUUGGUUUCCUGCAGCACCUAAGAAGGGUGGGCUGAAGGACAGUGUGACAACGCAAAUGCCUCCAGCGAAGACAUUCAGGCAGUUUGUAGAAGAGUUCCAUCGAUGCAAGACACUGUCUGCUGAUAUGGAAUUCACUGACGAGGAACUUGAAAACAGUGAAGCAAUGCCUGAGCAAGACAUGUGUGAUGAGGAAAUGGAUGAAAAGCCACCUGUGCCUGGACACAUCAAGCUUCUUGUGCAAGUCUUGAAGAGAUGCGUUCACUUGCAGUCAAGCUCAAACAUCUACAUUCAAACAGCUGUGCUUAGUAUUAUCAAGCAUGCUGUCAUUCCAAUGUCAUGCUAUCAAGAUGAACUCUUGCCAGUCGUGCACUUGCUAUGGAAGCCCUUAGUUGCUCGUUUUCAAAAGGACGAUUGGCAUCUCUGUGCAAAGGCAUUUGAUGUUAUUAGUUCCCUGGCAGAGACGUCACGUGACUUCAUUCGAGAACGUACUCUGCGGGAGGUGUGGCCAAGGCUUGCAAAGUUCCUUCACAGUCAACAUGCUGUCAGCAAAAACAAAGGAAAAGCAUACGAAAUAACUUCUGCCUUUAAAUACCAGCUUGUUCUUCUUAGACAACUUGGGCCAAUAUCUUGCCAGCUCGAAGUUGAGGAACAAGGCAUUGACCUCUUGGCAUCAGCGGUAGUGCCUUACCUGGAGCUCUCACAGCCUCCCAAGUUACAAGAGGCUGCCGUUGAAUGCAUCGAGAACUUCGCAAGGUGCAGCGCAGACACUGUGUGGUACUGCGUGGUCAUGGCACACUGCACCAGCGAUACCCUUUGGUCACCAGGUCCAUCACUACAACCACUUCCCCUGAGACGAGCACCCUGUUCCGAGAACAGUAAUGUGUUACGUGUAAUGGCCUUACUGACCAGCAUGGAUGGGCAACGAGAGUGAACUGCAUAUUUGUUUUCUCACAUUCACGUGCUGGCAUCUGUUUAUGGCAAGAAGAUGUAGGUUGUUGUUUACUUUAUUAAAAGUCAGCCCAACAUU